AUGGAUUCAAUUGGAUGGUAUGAGCAUGCUAAAGAUCUGAAAAAGAAGAUUAUGAAGUUUUAUGAAGAUUUGGUUGGUGUUGCAGCAGAGGAAAGCCUCAUACAACCUAUAUCUGAGAAAGAAACAUGGGAAGCCUUAAAAGGGAUAGGAGACUCUAAAGCACCAAACAUAGACUAUUACAGUUCUAAAAAAUUCAAAGCUAGUUGGCCAAUUAUAAAGGGUGAUGGUAUUGAUGCUAUCAUGGAUUUCUUCAACAAUAAUAGACUGUAUGUUGCUCUAAACUAUGGCUUAGUUACUUUGAUUCCAAAGAGCAAUGAGUCUGUUUUUGUACCGGGGAAAAUAAUACAUGACAAAAUUAGUAUAGCUCGUGAAUUGCUCAAAGGAUAUAACAAAUAG